AUGCAAAAUGAAAACGUAGAGCUAUAUAAAAAAGCAAUAAAAGGGAGUGACUAUUAUUACCUUGUGAUACACCAACAAAAUUUUCCCCCUUCAGUAGUUUGUGAGCCAAAGAGCAUAUUCAGAGCUACCAACAAACAGCCAAAACUAUUAAAUAUAAUCAUGUUUAAGACAUCUAUCAGAACUGCCGCUCCAAGAACUUUCUCGCCAUUAAGGUUCACACACAAUUCCCAAUAUUUUAAAAGACUUCAAUCGUCUUAUUCUAAAAUAAAGAAAAUUUCAAACAUUGAAGAAUAUAAUAAACAGUUAGGCAGUACUAAUUUGUCGGUAUUUGAUUUCUAUGCUACGUGGUGUGGACCAUGCAAAGCUAUGGCUCCACAUCUUUCUAAAAUGGUAGAAACCUAUAGUGAACCCAAAAAGGUUAAUUUCUUCAAGAUUGACAUCGAUGAGAACCCUGAAAUUGCAAGAGCAGCAAAUAUUACUGCUGUGCCAACUUUUGUGCUAAACAAGAACAAUCAAAACGUUGAUACAAUAGUUGGUGCUGAUCCAAAUAAAUUGCAAAAAUCAAUAGAUUCGAAUGCAUAG